CUGUCUCUCUUUUUUCCUUUUCAUCAUAGGAAGUCUCCCUCCAGGAUGUCCGAAAAGAGAUCAGGUUCUGUCAGAAGGUCAAGCUGCCCAUCAUCGGGGUUGUGGAGAACAUGAGCGGCUUCGUGUGUCCCAAAUGCAAGAACACUUCACAGAUCUUUCCCCCCUCCAGCGGCGGUGCAGAGAAAAUGUGCGCAGACCUAAAUCUACCUCUGUUAGGCCAGGUGCCACUGGACCCGAGGAUCGGACGGAGCUGCGAUGAGGGCAAAUCUUUCCUCCAAGAAGUCCCUGACUCUCCUGCAGCUGAAGUCUACCAUGGGAUUGUGCAAAGUAUCCAGGACUACUGCGCCAACAGAGCGGCCGACGGUCAGAACGCAACAUGACCCCCAAGACCGAAGCAGAUUACAAGAAGCGUGGUAGAGACCUGGAGAACAAACACACACAAGAACGCUUCUGACACUGACAUUAUAGCUGCAGUUUUAGUCUGAACUAUUCUCAAGAACAGGCUUUUUUUAUUGUCAGAAACUUUGAUUUGUGUGUAUAUAUUUGAUCCGACCUCAUUGUGCUCUGCUUACUCUAAUGAAAACACAGAUAUGUCAUGUAAAAAGCACCGGGUGGAACAAAUCCGACAAACGACUUUGAAUGAAUACUAACUGAAUGCAUUCCCACUUUUUGAUGAAGAAAUAAAGAUUGUCCCAAAAAGAUAAA